GCGAAGCGUCUGGUCAGCCAAGAAUGAGUUUGUUUGCGCUCGCUGGAACUGCAGUCUGCUCAGCUGACGCUGCAAUGAAGUGUUGAACCUUGUUUGCCUAGUGACUUGCAUUAAAUGGCGCAGCAUGACUUUGCUCCAGCUUGGCUUAAUUUUCCUACACCUCCACCUUCCACCAAGCCAUUUCUGUACGCCGAGAAGCGUUCUGAAAGUUUAGGGCGGUCAGACUGUGCUUUCAAUGUGAACAGACAGCGUCAUAAUUCUUCAGAAGCUUUUGACUCUUCCUUUGGCGGGAACCUUAAAAAAAGAGAAAAAAAUGUCUGGCGCCCCCAGAGCAGGUCUGCAGCAGAACCCACAUGGCAGCGUGAGGCCAGCCUCCAUCUUUAUAGUAGCAACCUCCAGCGUGUGAAUAGCCAGUUGCGGAGUGAGAGAAACACUUCUGAAUUCGACCUGACCAGAUCAUUGGAUCGAGAAGACUGCAAGACAUUUGAAGCUGAAGAUUUUUCUUUCCUAUAUCCUGAACAUGAGAGAGGAAAGAAACUGUUUACUGCGAGACUAUGGGAGUAUCCCAUGAAUGCUGGAUCCACAUCCCCUCAAAUGCUGGGUAUUAAGAAGGGCUUAAUGGAUGAUUUCUCUCUGUCUGGUUACUCUAUAGGAGUUGGCAACCAAAGCCUGCCAGACAAGCACUGGGCGGGUAUCAAAAAGGAAGAGUGUAAAUCGCUAUCAAAAGAUAACAACAUCGGCAGUUUUUAUCAAGACUGUCCUCCUGAAAAUUACAUACCAAAUACUUCUCUACAUGCAGAACUCCUGUCUGUGGAUCCAUGCUCAUUGGAAGAGGAGGAAGAUACCCAUUUGAACAACAGAAAUGACUCUUGUCCUGAAAUGGACAUAAAUCUGAAUUUCGAUGAGAAUGAAAACUCCGAGGAUAAUGUCAAUACCCUGAUUUCAGGACAGAUCUCUCCUGCUUAUGCCCAAGAUGGUGUCCUUUCUAGCUCACUUGAAGCUGAGUUCAAGCUGUUGAGAGAAAUGGGUUGGCAAGAGAACGAUGAGACCUGUGCUCCUCUAACAGAAGAUGAAAUGAGGGAAUUCCAAGCCAUCAGUGAGCAGCUGCAAAAAAAUGGCUUACGGAAACAUGUAUUCCUGAGGGAUGCACUUGCUUUCGAUCUCUUCCAAGAUGCGGUGCAGAAAGAAGACUCGGAAACCAGCAGCAGCGACACCUCUGAUGAUGAGUGAAAUAUUUGUCAUUGUAGUGCAAACCAUCUCAUGACCUUUUCUAACCCUGGUAGAACUGUAGCUGGGAAUCCAUAAACAUUCCCAUGAGCGGAAAUGCCGUACAGGACUCUGCACUUGCCCCACUGGGCUUUCCAGAGAGCAUUAUCCCCACAUGCACUCUCUGAAUAACAGUCGGGCGGCCAAGUGAAAGGAGAUUUCUUUCUGUUUCACAAAUGUUUCUGUUUUCAAAAUGUCACGGAAACAUACAAAAAAAAAGGCACUUUAACUUUAUCCUUUUCUUUAAUCUCAUUUUCCGGCAAGCGCUGUAGCAUGUGUAUUGGGCAACGGUUCCUUUGGACAUUUGUGUUUUUGCCUGGUGUUUUUGGAAAUGUCACUGGUUUAAGAGUUUGUUCUGUUUUCAUGUUUUCACAUAGACUUUCACAGUUAAGAUUUUUUUUGUGUUGCAAGCAAGAAGCCAGGUUAGUGGGUAUAACUCUAUUCAAAAUAAACCUAUUUUGAUAUUUAA